CCUGACCACGGGUGGGCGGGCUGAGGGGCGGAGGAGCAGCCGACCCCGCCUCCCGCGUGCUGCAGCCGGAGCCGCCACCGCUGCGGCCCCGCCGAGGCUUUAAACAGCGGGGCCCGCCCCGCGCCCACUGCACUCGCGCGCCGACUCGGCUGCCGGUGGCGUUUGUGCCGGUCCGGGCUAGCGGCGGCGACUGGCGGGUGGAGGGGCGAGCAAUUCCGUCACCUGGCGUCGUGGCCGCAGGCACCGCCGGCGGGGGGCGCGGAGGGCUUGCAGCCCGCGACGUCCGCCAGGCUCUCCGAGUCUGCCCGGGGUCGGGCGGCGAUGGAACCGGGGCCCACGGCGCCCUCCUCCGGCGCCCCGGGGCUUCCCGGGGUCGGUGAGACGCCGCCAGCUGCCGCGCUGGCCGCCGCCGCGGUGGACCUGCCUGGCACGGCCGUGCCCUCAGCGUCCGAGGAUGCUGCGGCCGCGAGCCGGGGCGGCGGCGGGGUCCGCGGGGAGGGCGCUGCGGCGGCUGGGGAUGGACUGGGCAGACCCCUCGGGCCCACCCCGAGUCAAAGCCGCUUCCAGGUGGACCUGGUUUCCGAGAACGCCGGGCGGGCUGCGGCGGCCGCGGCGGCUGGUGCCGGGGCUGGGGGCAAGGAGACCCCAGCGGACGGGAAAGCUAGCGGCGAAAGCGCACCAGGCAAAGGCAGCGAGGAAGCCAAGGGCCGCUUCCGCGUAAACUUCGUGGACCCGGCUGCCUCCUCAUCCGCCGACGAGAGCCUGUCGGAUGCGGCGGGGGUCGGAGGCGAAGGGCCCAACGUGAGCUUCCAGAACGGCGGGGACACGGUGCUGAGCGAGGGCAGUAGCUUGCACUCGGGCGGCGGCGGCGGCAGUGGGCACCACCAGCACUACUACUAUGACACCCACACCAACACUUACUACCUGCGCACCUUCGGCCACAACACCAUGGACGCCGUUCCCAGGAUCGAUCACUACCGGCACACCGCGGCGCAGCUGGGCGAGAAGCUACUCCGGCCCAGCUUGGCUGAGCUCCAUGAUGAGCUUGAAAAGGAACCUUUUGAGGACGGCUUUGCCAAUGGGGAAGAAAGUACUCCAACCAGAGAUGCUGUGGUCACGUAUGCUGCGGAAAGUAAAGGAGUUGUGAAGUUUGGCUGGAUCAAGGGUGUAUUAGUACGUUGUAUGUUGAACAUUUGGGGUGUGAUGCUCUUCAUUAGGUUGUCGUGGAUUGUAGGUCAAGCUGGAAUAGGUCUGUCGGUUGUUGUAAUUAUAAUGGCCACUGUUGUGACAACUAUCACAGGAUUGUCUACAUCAGCAAUAGCUACUAAUGGAUUUGUCCGAGGAGGAGGAGCGUAUUAUUUAAUAUCUAGAAGUCUAGGGCCAGAAUUUGGUGGUGCAAUUGGCCUCAUCUUCGCUUUUGCCAAUGCUGUUGCAGUUGCUAUGUAUGUGGUUGGAUUUGCAGAAACUGUGGUGGAGCUGCUUAAGGAACAUUCCAUACUUAUGAUAGAUGAAAUCAAUGAUAUCCGAAUUAUUGGAGCCAUUACAGUGGUGAUCCUUCUAGGUAUCUCGGUAGCUGGAAUGGAGUGGGAAGCAAAAGCUCAGAUUGUUCUUUUGGUGAUUCUACUUCUUGCUAUUGCUGAUUUCGUCAUAGGAACAUUCAUCCCAUUGGACAGCAAGAAGCCCAAAGGUUUCUUUGGUUAUAAAUCUGAAAUAUUUAAUGAGAACUUUGGACCAGAUUUUCGGGAGGAAGAGACUUUCUUUUCUGUAUUUGCCAUCUUUUUCCCUGCCGCAACUGGGAUUCUUGCCGGAGCAAAUAUCUCAGGUGAUCUUGCGGAUCCUCAGUCAGCCAUACCCAAAGGAACACUCUUAGCCAUUUUAAUUACUACAGUGGUUUACAUAGGAAUUGCAGUAUCCGUAGGUUCUUGUGUUGUUCGAGAUGCUACUGGGAACGUUAAUGACACUAUUGUAACAGAGCUAACAAACUGUACUUCUGCAGCCUGCAAAUUAAACUUUGACUUUUCAUCCUGUGAAACCAGCCCUUGUUCCUAUGGCCUAAUGAACAAUUUCCAGGUAAUGAGCAUGGUGUCAGGAUUCGCACCAUUAAUUUCUGCAGGUAUCUUCUCAGCCACUCUUUCUUCUGCAUUAGCAUCCCUUGUGAGUGCUCCCAAAAUAUUUCAGGCUCUGUGUAAGGACAACAUCUACCCAGCUUUCCAGAUGUUUGCUAAAGGUUAUGGGAAAAAUAAUGAACCUCUUCGUGGCUACAUCUUAACAUUCUUAAUUGCCCUUGGAUUCAUCUUAAUUGCUGAACUGAAUGUUAUCGCUCCAAUUAUCUCUAACUUCUUCCUUGCAUCGUAUGCUUUGAUCAAUUUUUCGGUGUUCCAUGCCUCACUUGCAAAAUCUCCAGGAUGGCGUCCUGCAUUCAAAUACUACAACAUGUGGAUAUCACUUAUUGGAGCUAUUCUUUGCUGCAUAGUGAUGUUUGUCAUUAACUGGUGGGCUGCAUUGUUAACAUAUGUCAUAGUCCUUGGGCUGUAUAUUUAUGUGACCUACAAAAAACCAGACGUGAACUGGGGAUCCUCUACACAAGCUCUGACUUACCUAAAUGCUCUGCAGCAUUCGAUUCGUCUUUCAGGGGUGGAAGACCACGUGAAAAACUUCAGGCCGCAGUGUCUUGUUAUGACAGGUGCUCCAAACUCACGCCCAGCUUUACUUCAUCUUGUUCAUGAUUUCACAAAAAAUGUUGGGUUGAUGAUCUGUAGUCAUGUACAUAUGGGCCCUCGAAGACAAGCCAUGAAAGAGAUGUCCAUUGAUCAAGCCAAAUAUCAGCGGUGGCUUAUCAAGAACAAGAUGAAGGCUUUUUAUGCUCCAGUCCAUGCAGAUGACUUGAGAGAAGGUGCACAGUAUUUGAUGCAGGCUGCUGGUCUUGGGCGUAUGAAACCAAACACACUUGUCCUUGGAUUUAAGAAAGAUUGGUUGCAAGCAGAUAUGAGAGAUGUGGAUAUGUACAUAAACAUAUUUCAUGACGCCUUUGACAUACAAUAUGGAGUAGUGGUUAUCCGCCUAAAAGAGGGUCUGGAUAUAUCUCAUCUUCAAGCACAAGAAGAAUUAUUGUCUUCACAAGAGAAAUCUCCCGGUGUCAAGGAUGUGGUACUAAGUAUGGAGUACAGUAAAAAAUCGGAUUUAGAUACCUCCAAGCCAUCCGAUGAGAAAAGUGUUACACACAAAGAUGAGGAAGAGGAUGGCAAGACUCCAACUCAACCACUGUUGAAAAAAGAAUCCAAAGGCCCUGCUGUGCCCUUAAAUGUAGCUGACCAAAAGCUUCUUGAAGCUAGUACACAGUUUCAGAAAAAACAAGGAAAGAAUACUAUUGAUGUCUGGUGGCUUUUUGAUGAUGGAGGUUUGACCUUAUUGAUACCUUACCUUCUGACUACCAAGAAAAAGUGGAAAGACUGUAAGAUCAGAGUGUUCAUUGGUGGGAAAAUAAACCGAAUAGACCAUGACCGGAGAGCGAUGGCUACUUUGCUUAGUAAGUUCCGGAUAGACUUCUCUGAUAUCAUGGUCUUAGGAGAUAUUAAUACUAAACCAAAGAAAGAAAAUAUUGUAGCAUUUGAUGAAAUGAUUGAGCCGUAUAGACUUCAUGAAGAUGACAAAGAACAAGAUAUUGCAGAUAAAAUGAAAGAAGAUGAGCCAUGGCGAAUAACAGAUAAUGAGCUUGAACUUUAUAAGACCAAGACCUAUCGGCAGAUAAGGUUAAAUGAAUUACUAAAGGAACAUUCAAGUACAGCUAAUAUCAUUGUCAUGAGUCUCCCAGUUGCUAGGAAAGGUGCUGUGUCAAGUGCUCUCUAUAUGGCCUGGUUAGAAGCUCUAUCAAAGGACCUACCACCAAUUCUCCUAGUCCGUGGGAAUCAUCAGAGUGUCCUUACCUUCUAUUCUUAAGUGUUCCGACACAGUGGACAGCCUUCCAGAUGGUACUUGAGUGCCCAGUGGAGUAACUGAAAUCUUCAAUGACACAUUAACAUCACAAUGGCGAACUGUGACUUUUCUUUCACUAUUUCAUUAAUUUGAAAGCACACAGGGAAGUUGCUCCAUUGAUCCGUGUAUGGAGACUUCAGUUUUAGUCAAGUCUGUAUUUCAAUCUGAAUGAAUGAUGAUGAUUCCUUGUUGCUGGACUGAAGCUCAUGAGAGUAAAGUUUUCCUUUGCUACUUGAAUAGCAAUAAAAGUGUGUUAUUUUUUGAUUAAUGAGAGGAGUACAAAAAGCCUUUAGCCUUGAGGUGCCUUCUGAAAUUAACCAAAUUUCAUCCAUAUAUCCUCUUUUAUAAAUUUAUAGAAUGUCAAAUUUUGCUGUCAGCUGUUAUUUUUAUUUCUAGUCUCUUCCACCGUGAAAUGAAAUGGACACUGCUUUUCUUCUUCCAUUGACCAAUUAGCGUUGAGUACUGUAUGUUUUCUAUUACUUUUUUAAAGGUAUCUGUUAGAUACUAAAGAUGAGAAUUAGGGCAAGUUAAUGAAAAAUGCAAAAAAAAAAAUAAUAACCCAAAAGUGACCCCAAAGGUUAGGUUUCUGUGGGUUUAUAUAAAAUGUAGAUCUAGGAAAAAAAGACCCAAUAAACCUUUCUUUGUUUUGUUUUUUUUAAUCUCUAAUUGGCUAUUUGUAUUUUUAUUUGAAAUCUUAGGGACGAUUGAAGAUUUAUCCAGUACUUCUAUAUACCAUGCUGAAAAAUCUCCUGUUGUCAUUCUUCAGACCAAAGUCCUCAAAAUCAUUUGUAUCUAUUAGAAGGGAGAUCUGUCCUAAUUUAUAGUUUUCCUCAAAUCUUGAGGGACUUUUAAGAAAUGCUAAAAGACUUUCCUCGAGGAAAAUUAGAUAAAAUAAUGUCAUCAAAUAGACUAUUUCAGUAAACAAUAUGUGGAAUCCCACUGUACCAUCAUUUAUAAAUCAUUAAAAUAUUUAAUGUUUCAUCAAAUGGUUAAAUGGACCACUGGUUUCUUAAUGAAAUGUUUUUAGGCUUAAUUCAUUCAAUUGUCAAGUAUACUUAGUCUUAAUUAAUACACUCAGGUUUGAACAGAUUAUUCUGAACAUUUAAAUUUAAUCCAUUCUUAAUACUUUAAAACUUUUGUGUUAAGAAAAACUGCCAGUUUGUGCUUUUGGAAUGUCUGUUUUGACAUCAUAGUCUACUAGUACAAUUUUGACAGUGCGUACGCACUGUUACUAAAAGCUUUAUAUACAAUUAUCAAUGUGAAGUUUUUCAUUUUUUAUUCAAGGAAGGAUUUCCUAAAAACAUUUCAAGGGAUAGAUGUCUGCAUAUAUGUAUGUGUGUAUGCAUACAUAUAUGCAUACGCAGAUGCAUAUGUGUAUAUAAUGACGUUUAUGUUGCUGGUGUUUUUGCAUUUUAAAGUGAUCCAAGAUUCAUUAGAUUAAAAUUUUUUUGUUUUGGUAAACAUAAGUUCAAAAUGAGAUUGAAAGGUAACAGGUUUCCUGGAGAACAAAGGUGAUCAUUGGAAGGGCAUGUAACUUCACACAGUUACUGUUCAGUUAGAAAAUGGAGAACACGUCCGCUACAGUACUGUUCAGUGAGUUCAUUGGCAUAAGUCUCCGUGGUGAAGAAUGUAUGCAGGUUUUCAUGAAUCUUGAUAGAAAUCUAUAAAAUUACUACUGUUGUCAAUAGUGCAGUCUUUUUGCUGCGUGAGCAUAAACUAAAUGAAUAGAAAAGUGGAGAUCUGAUGAUAAUUUUGAAUUCAGAAUGUUAAAAUGAAGUAAUUGUUUUUCCAAAUUUUUUUCCCUACAUUAUAACUCACAGCAUUGUUCCAUUUUAUUGCAGGUUUUGUAGUGUUUUGGGGGAAAGACAGUAGAAGUGUCAUAUUAUUCAGUAAACAAUAUUGUGUUUGAACUUUUUAAAUGGAUAAUAGGGCAUGAAUUGAGUGCUGCUAUCUUGAAAUGUGCACAGGUACACUUACUUUUUUUUUUUUUUUUUUUUGGAAUUUUUCCCAUUCAGGAAACCAUCAUUGUGAUCUGUACUGCAGGAACCAAAUGUCAUGCAUCAUACAUAUGUGUAUAAAGUACAUAAAAUAUAUCUAAAUAUGCAUAAUGGGGGGAGGGUAAUAUUGUCUGUGAAAUAAUGUAAGAAGCUUUUCACUUAAAAAAAAAAAUGCAUUACUUUCACUUAACACUAGACACCAGGUCAAAAUUUUCAAGGUUGUUGUAGUACUCUAAUAAAUUUCAACAAUUCUUAGAGAUGCUAGCUAGUGUUGAAGCUAUUCUACUCUGUUUUAUUUAUGCUGAAUUUGAUUAUUUUAAUGCCAUUUUUUUUUUAGUUCUAAUCAUUGGUGAUAACUUGGAAAUAAAUAUGCAAUGGCAUUGGACAGUUCAUUAUUUCUAUAGGUAAAUACCGGGUUUAGAGAGAAUGGUGGUGUUAAGCUGAUUAUUAAGGGUUAAUUAAAUCAAAUAUUUAUUUGUUACAUUAUUUCAUUUGUACUUUAGGUUUCCUUUUACAUUCUUUUUAUAUGCUUUCUGACGUUACAUAUUUUUAAAGACUAUGGAAAUAAUUUAAAGAUUUGAGCUCUGGUGGAUGUUGAUCUACUAAGUUUGAAAAUGUAAUAUUUUGAUAAUACUGUACUAUAACUGUCACACACCUGCUUUUCUAACGUUUUAAUGUGGAAUAUUGCAGUUGCUGCUUGUACAGAGGUUACUGCAAUAAAGGAAGUGGAUUCAUUAAAACUA